AUGGGGAAAACAGAUUUUAUAACAUCUCUCUUUUUGUGGCUUCCUUUAUUCCUCGAGCUAUGCAACCCUCAGACUAUUGUGUCAAAUUGGGAUUUCACAGAUAUUACAGUUGCAGGAGCAAAUGUAUAUACCGAUCAUAAUCCAACAAAUGAUUAUUCAACAAUGAAUAUUGUAAGGGCGAAUAACCCUAGAGUCUUUGGAAAUUAUAAUUCCCAAGGCUCAAUUUACGAAGAAGAUAGAGCUAGUGACUGUUCCACUAGAGGAAAUGCAUUGAUCAACACAGGUAUAAUCUCCUUCACUGCGUACGUAUACAUCACCGAUUUCACUCAGACCCAAUACGUAUACUGCAAGAACAGGUACACUGGAGGAGGAGCAGUCACUCAAGCUUGGUGAAUGGGAUUUACUAGUGCAACUUCUAUUUUUGUCGAAGCAAACAACAACAUGAUGGCAUCAAACAGUAUGGAAACCUUUACAACUCCAUUUCAACUUACUUUGGGAUGGAACUUAAUCGGGUGUUACUAUGAUGGAAACAACUUUGAUCCUUUAACUGCUGUUGGGACUAACUAUUGCUUUAAUGUAAUGCAUGAUGGAACUACUUUUCAAUCAGCUCCUAUAAUUCAUGGGACAGGAAAUUAUACAGAUGAAGAUAUUUUUAUAACAUGUGUCGGAGGUGAUAAAUUCAACGGAGGAAACUCUAGGUCAUCAUUGGUGGGAAUGACAAAUCAGGUUCAAGCUUACUCUGAUCCAAUCACAUUAGGACAGAUGCAAACUAUGGUGAGCUAUAAUUGUGAUGCACCUUGCCCUAUGUGCUUAGCCAAAAUGGCUCCAACUUGUCAGGAGUAUGUGAAGGAAGCCUAUGUUGGUAAAUGGGAUUUUAAAAGUGACAUAUAUCAAAAUCUUAUAACAGACGAAGGAAAUAAUGGGCUCAACAUUCAACUGAAUGAUGACCAAGAUAUUGAUCCUGUAUAUGUUGAUAACCAAGGACUCUAUUUUAAUGGUAGAAAUCACAUUAGAACAUCAGGGACUUGGCUUCAAAAUAAUGUUGAAAGCUUUACUUAUGAAGCAUGGAUAAGGCCUUCAAACCCUGCUUUAAAUGGGCAGCAAUUAUUUUCUAUAGAUAAUGAUACAAAUGCUCCAGAAUUUUCUAUAAAGCUAAAUUCAGGCAAUAUCGAAGUAGAUAUGGAAGGAACAACUCGAACUUUUCCUAUUACUACUCCGGUGGCAGAUGAAUGGACUUAUGCAGCUGUCAGUGUCAUGAAAACAGCUAAUAAUUUAGUGAAUGUAUGAGUCUUUAUUGGAACUGGACCUGAAAGUUGUAACACCAUUGCUGCAGAACUAGACUUUGUAGCUGCAGGUGGAACUUUCCAAAUGGGAAGUAAUUAUUUAGGAAUGAUGAGAGAAGCCGGCGUUCUAGAUUGGCCUAAAAGAGAUUAUGAAUUCAGCAGUAUGGUUCAGACAAGCGGAUGAAUUCCUUGGAAUAAUGUUCCGUGAAGCAUGUGCCCAGCCACUACAGGAGAAUGAAUCUCAAUCUGAGAUAAGAACCAAUAUGGACCUAGCUGUGAUACUUGUCUUAAUCCUAACUGAGCUAGUUGAUAUAGCGACACUUAUAAUAAAUGUUUUGAGUGCUAUUCUGGGUAUGAUUUCACUUAUUCAGGCCAAAGUUGUGCUGGAGUGUGCGGAAAUGGAAUCAAAGAAGACUAUCUUGGAGAACAAUGAGAUGAUGGAAAUGAUAGCGAAAAUGAUGGCUGCAGUUCAGCUUGAUUGAUUGAACCAGGAUUCACAUGCAGUGAGAAAACACCAAACAGUCCUUCUGUUUGUACAAGAAAAUGCUCAUAUGAAUUUGGCUUCUACUUUGGAUUCCUUGAAUGAAAUGAUGGAAAUGAUGAUCCUCUUGAUGGUUGUUAUAACUGUAAAAUAGAAAGAGGUUGGAAAUGUGAAGAUGGUAGUCCUUGGAAUCCAGAUAUAUGCACUGAGCUAUGUGGAGACGGCAUCAACUAUGGAGAACAUGAAUGAGAUGAUGAUAAUCACAAUAAUGGAGAUGGCUGAGAUGCUAAUUGUAAUAUUGAGCUUACAGAUCCUCCUCAAUGGAUUUGUUCUAGUGGAAAUGAAAUGGCUCCUGAUUUCUGCCAUGAAUGGUGAGGAAAUGGAAUUAGAGAGGAAGAUCCUUACCUAUGGAACCCUAGAAGAAACCUCUUCCGUCUUCAAGAAGUUACAUGUGAUGAAGGAAAUCUUAGAAGUGGAGAAGGUUGAGAUGGAAUCUGAAGGAUCGAAAAUGGGUUUGUUUGUGGAGGAGUAGCUCCAGAUGUUUGCACAGAAGAAUGUGGUGACAGAAGAGCAUUUUACUAUGAUCAAUGUGAUGAUGGAAAUUUAGACAAUGGAGAUGGAUGUAGAGCUGAUUGACUCAUGGAAGCUGGUUAUGAAUGACUUGGAGGGGGCCCAACUCUUGUAACUGAUUGUACUGAGAUAUGUGGAGAUAACAUCAACAACGGUUGGCAUACUUGAGAUGAUGGAAAUAUUAUAUCAGGUGAUGGAUGCAGCGACACUUGACAAACAGAAGCUGGUUAUAGAUGAGAAGGAGGAGAUAAUGAUGAAGGAGAUAAAUGCACAGAAAAAUGAGGGGAUGGAAAGAAUGCAGGGCUCUUACCUUGAGACGACUAUAAUGUAUUAGAUGGGGAUGGAUGCAAUAGUACUUGAUAUGUAGAGACUGGAUACACGUGUACAGGAGGAAGUGCAACAACUAGAGAUUAUUGUGUUGAAACUUGUGGAGAUGGCGUCGAUAUGAAUACAUAUGAAUGAGAUGAUGGCAAUAAUGAUAACGGAGAUGGAUGAAGCUCCACUUGAACAAUUGAGCCAGGUUGGGGAUGAAUUAAAGGAAGCCCAACAUAUUGAUAUAAAGCUGCUCGGCCUGCUAUCGUAGGAGCUGGUUUAAGUUCAGAUAGUAGUUCGCUUAUUAUUUCAUUCAAUACAACAGUAAAAUUUACAUCUGCAUGGAAAAGUAGUGAUUGGAAAGUUGAAUUAUUUGUUCCAUUUCAAGAAACAGUUCCUGAUUUUUACUACACUAUUACUCCUCCAAACAAUGAAGCUGGUGUUAAUAUAGCUCUUUCAUAUGAUCACCAGUUAUUUGGUUAUAACAUGGAAUACAUUGUACUAACUUUCUAUAACAGACAUACAACAGUUGAAACUAUUUACAAUACAGAAAUGAUUAAUGAGCAAUAUACUUAUUACCUCGAGGGUAAAGAAGUAUCUAAAAAUGCAGAAAUAGUCGGAACAUUAGGAACACUCACCUUUCUUCUGUUCUUAAUCUGCAUUAUUAUUGGAAUAGUAGGCUGAAUUCUUGGAUAUGAUGUAAAAAUUCUCCUUGAUUGAUUCUAUACCCUUCAACUAAUCUAUUUCUUCCCACUAGGAAGAUUCUAUUUCCCAACAGGGUUGUAUAAAUUCUUCAAAGCUUUUGAAAAAUUGAAUUUCCAAGGAAUAAACCUUGGAGUUUGGGACUUUACCAAAGCAUCAGAAGCUAAUUUGUUAACAGUUCAUGGAGAUAUUGUGAACUACAAUUUUAAAAAGAUGGGAUUUACCACAUCAUCCUUUAUCUUCACUUCGAUUGAUGUAGUUCUAGUUAUUCUCUAUCUCUUGUUCAUGACUGUAUUUUUCAGAAUUUUAGCACAAAUGUUUAGGAAGACAAAGAUCAUAAGAUUUAUCGAAAUUACAAUGGUCACUGGGAUCCUUCAGUUUAUCCUCAACUCGACAUGCUUAAUCCUCUGAAUGACAGCAUUCUUGAAUAUAAAUGAAUGGAAUGUUAUGACAGAAGCUGAAGUAUUUGGUUCAGUCGCAUCCUAUAUGUACCUUGCAUUAAUAGUCUUUGCUUUAAUUAUGAUGAUCGUCUUUACCGCACUUUAUUGGGCAGACUUGCGAAAAGUUGAGAACCCAGAAGGGGGAGAUACUGGAAAGAAAAUGCAAGUAAAUAGUCUUGGGAGAAAAUACUUAUUCAUGCCUUUCAAAGACCGAAACCUCAUGCACUACUCUUAUCCUGUAAUUUUCUUAGCUAGAAGAAUUCUGGUUGCUGCUCUGUUUGGAUUUGUGAAAAAUGAUGGAUUUCUUCAACUCCUCGGACUAUCACUUUUAUCUGGAAUGAUGCUGGUCUAUCACACUUCCUAUCAGCCAUUUGUUUCUUCAUUCAGAAACAUAAUUCUAACAGUGCUAGAGUUAGCCUACCUUCUGAUUUGCUUAACAAUUUUCCCUUACGUUUAUCCAAACAUUAAACCUGAUCUUUUCUUAAGCCAGGCUGACAUAGUUGUUGGGUUAUUCCUUCCUCUUUUCUGGCUGGCCCUCUUCAUCCCAGUAGGGAUUUUACUCUGUAAAAUCUGUGGCAAAAGGCCAAAGAAUCAUCCAAUCUUCCAAAAAGAUCUCCCUGUCGACAACACUGAAGGAGAAGAUCUCAGAGAUGCAUGGAUCACUGGCCAGCAAAAAGAACUUGAAGAGGAAGAAGAGAAAGCGGCAGAAAAAGUAGAAGAACCCGGAGCAGUGCCAGAAAACCCAGAAAAGGCUAAAGAUGAAGAGACCAGUGAGAGCGUUGAAAGUGAAGAAAGUGAGUUACAGACAGAGACUAUCACUAUUACAGAAUCAUCUAGUUCUGGUGAAAACGAAGGUGAUGCUGAUGCAUUUGCAGCACAAAGAAGAAUUCCAUCAGCGGAUGUGAACCUUGAUACCCAAGCUGGCUUUAGUACUGGAAUGACCGGAACUCUUGAAGCUGAAAUCCAGAAGUAUAGAAUGCAGGAGAAGAAGCUGAAUUAGACAUCUAAACUCUGUGAAAAUGGUUUG